GAUCACAGGAAACGACAUCUGAGCUGAUACGACCACGCUGGAGAGAGUUUGUAGAGGAGGUACACUGAGAGAAAUCAACACUUCUGGAUUCAGUAACAGGAGCAGCAGCUACAAUCUGUGGAGAAGACAUCCCUGGUGGACAAACGACUGACAACGAAGAGAUUAAAGGAAGAAAUAAAGACUGUGUUUGAAGUAAAGUUGGAAUCAAGGAAAAUCAUACGGAAGAAAGUCCUGACUUUACCAGAACCAAGAAGAGAUAAAGAACACAUAAAGUAGUAUCUGGGAGCAUAAUGGUGUCUUGUGGACCUGAGCUGACCGGUAUCUCUCUGUCAGUGCUGGGCUGGGUGCUGAGUGUGAUCAGCUGUGCUCUGCCCAUGUGGAGGGUCUCCACCACUGAUGGUUACAACACCGACACCACUCAGACUCCCCGGGAGGAUUUACCUCAGGAACUGCAGGCCACCAAGGGACUAACAAUAGCUGCCAUCAUUGUGGGUGCAGUGGCACUCCUCAUUACCAUGGUGGGAGCAAAGUGCACGGCCUGGAUUGAGACCGAGUGGCUCAGAGCCAGAGUAAUGGGCUCCUCUGGAGGGGUGUUGAUCACUGCAGCUCUCAUCCAGUGUGCAUCUGUUUUGUGGACAAUACUAGUCACCUCUGGAGAGAAUAAUCAGAAGAAUGGGGUGGCUCUGUAUCUGGGUGUUGUCUCCUCGUUCCUGCAACUAAUCGGGGGAUGGAUGCUAUGCAUAAGGUGGCAUUUGUAUGAAUACAAACCAAAGAGUAGAGAUGAAACAAAGAGAUACAACACUUACCCCCAGACUUGUGUCAUAUACUCUGCUACUUCAAGCUCAACGGCUCAAAGCUCCCACCACAAAAACGACUAGAUCUGAGGUAGGAGGACAAGACUGGAGAAGGAUUAAGAAGAAUUGCCACCUAUUUUAUUAUUAUAAUUUUAAGAAGUAUUUUUCUUAUUUCUAAAUUUCAGUAUGUAUAGAAAUAUAG